AUGGCGACAACAAACUUAAUAGGAGCGGUGCACAUUUUCUUUUCCGUGACAGCAUUUCUUGGGAACUAUCUGAUCCUUGUUUCCCUUCACAAGGAAUCUUCCCUCCAUCCACCGUCCAAACUCUUGUAUCGUUGUUUGGCAACAACUGAUCUGUCGGUUGGCCUUGUUGCCCAGCCUCUCCAUGCUACCCUGAGCUUUUCGUAUUCCUGGUCUCUCGAAGACUGGAGAAUUUUCCAAUACAUAAAUGACGCGGACAUCAUCACAAGCCAUAUGUUAUGUGGAGUGUCUUUAUUGACGAUGACAGCCAUAAGCGUGGACAGACUGCUCGCCAUGUUGUUGGGGCUUAGAUACAGACAAAUCGUAACUUUGAAGCGCACAUAUAUUGUUUUAGUUAACUUUUGGGUUUUAAGUCUUGUUGCUUCUUUAGGCACCAUUUUUAAUUACAAUGUAACCUUUUUUCACGUUAUAGUUAUACUAAUUUGCCUUGUUAUCUCAAUCACCUCAUACUCAAAAAUCUUUAGCGCUCUCAGGCACCAUCAGGCUCAAGUACAAGAUCAUUCUCAACAACAGCCGAGCCAACCAAGUGCACUGAACGUGGCGCGAUACAGAAAGGCAGUGUACAGUGCACUUUGGGUUCAACUAGCAUUAGUUGUUUGUUAUACACCAUAUGGUAUAGUGGAAAUUGUGCUCAGUAAAACAUAUUCAUUGCACUUAUGGGCCUUUAGGGACAUAACAAUUGUCUUAGUCUAUUUUAACUCGACGUUGAAUCCGUGUCUUUACUGCUGGAAGAUCAGUGAAGUAAGACAAGCAGUAAAGCGGACAAUCAGGCAAGCACUUUGCCGUCCAUGAAGCUAAAUCCAGCUGGAGUUAAAAUCGUAAAUAAUUUUUAAAAAAGCUGACUUUGAAAGUCACCGGUUUUCUACAGGAAGCUCAUAGGAUAGAUAUCGUUAGAAAGAAAAAAGGGACCUAAUGAAAUCGUCGCGCCAGCUGUCGUUGGUAUUCUUUACAGAAGACAUUAAUUCUAAACACUAUCACCAUAUCGCAGGUAUAUUUUCCUAACGAUGACACCUACCCUGAA